AUGUCGGGCCAGCAGACUGUUCAGCAGACCCCCAGGGAGGCAGCUGCCGACAAGGAUGCUCGCUUCUUCUUCACCGUUCUGAAGCAUUGCAAGACCAAGCCCGACACUGAUUGGGAUGCUGUUGCUGCCGAGCUCGGUUACGCCAACAAGGGCGUCGCUCAGGUCCGUUUCGGCCAGAUCAAGCGCAAGUUGGGCAUCACCACCAAUGACAAGGCCACCCCCGACGUCAAGAACAAGGUCACCAAGUCUACCCCCAAGACUGGUUCUGCCAAGGCCAAGCAGUCUGCCGCCAAGAUCAAGAAGCAGAAGGAGGAGGAGCAGGCUAUGAAGAAGGAGGAGGAGGAGGAUCUGGAGAAGGAGGAGUACUACGACGACGAUGACAUGGCUGACCCUAUUACUCCCACCCCCAAGCGCCCCGGCAAGCUCAGGUCCAUGAAGAACGAGGAUGAGGUCUGA